AUGAACUCGAUACUAGAGUACACAUUCCCAAAUGAGAAUCUUGAAAAGUAUGUAUAUUUGGCACUUUUUGACGAUGAAGAGGAGAAACAUUCUAAAAUACACAAAAUUGUCUCCUUUCAAACCUCUACCGCCUUCCGUUCAAACUCUAUAGACCUAAAUGAUGGACUACCUUCUGAUGUAUUUAGAGAUACUGGGUCAAGUGCUGGAGGAAGAGGUCGGAGACGUGCACAUCUUGCAUCUAGCUCUUCAAAUAAGGUUUUCAGAGACCUACCCACACAUGUAACCUACGAUAGAAGCACAUCCAGGUCCGUAAAACGCACAAUUUCAAGAACUUCUACGAGAGAAUUUGUGCGUUCUGGACGUAAAAACUCUGUGACACUAAAAAGAGAUCUAGGUCAGCCAAGACCAAGAGGCAGACCUAGGAAAGACGCAUCACUCAGUGCCUCCAGCAACAAACCAACGACCCGUAAAACGCUUAUGCGAAGGAACCGAUCAGAAUCACUGGCGUCUCACAGGCCUGAUACACCCGUAAAACACCCAAGAGCAAAAAGAAGAGCUUUACAGGAUGUCUUGAAAGACGAGCAAGAUUCCCUCGUUGAAAACAUCAAUAGUUUCGAGGCAAGCCUAGCCAAAAAGGGUACGUAUCACUUUGAGGCAGGAGAUGUAAAUCUUUUACGUAAAACAUCGUACACCAAAGAUAAAACCUUUGGAGUUGGGUGUGAAGUGGCACCCACGAGAAACGAGAUUGAAAUGCUCACAGAACUGGUGAACCUAGGCCAAAAAGACAAGUUAGAGGAAUUUGAGUCUUCAGUUCAUCAAAGCUGCACAUUACGAUCAAAUGCGUUUGAAAAUACUUGGAAUUUAUUCUGUGCCAAAGUAAACGCCAUUAUCAAGAGGUAUGUUAAGAAAGGCGUACACAAUGUAUUAGAAUCAUUAGAGUGUGGCAAUCUGAUUGACUCAUUUCUGAAAGUCGUCUUAUUGGAUGUAGGUAUAGAUCACCAGGAUACAAGGCUCGUGCUAGAUAUGUUACAUGAUGAACUUUCAGCAUCGUCCAAGUUUACCUUUAUAAAGGUUUACGAUGUUAAAUCAGUUCAAGAUAUCAUAAAUCAAUCGAUAAGAGCACUAAAUUCACAAAUUAGAGAUUGGGAUAGAAAGAAUUCUAGCCGUGAUUUAAGAUACAUAAAUAGACACAAAGAAACAGAAUCAAAAGAAGCACCAGAAGGCUCUGAUCCUAUACCAGACACUGUAAACAUACACGAAACACAUAUAGGCCAUGAGGUAGAUAUAGUUACAUCAGACACUAAGAAAGUACCCACAUCUAAGGGUGACGAUAAAGACCCCUAUUCCAUAGAAACAUUUGUCAAACUUUGUAAGAAAUGCAAAGACUCAGAAAUUGUAUUAAUAUUUGACAAAAUGCAGUCGAUAACUGGAGAAAUGCUGUAUACACUUUUAUCUUUGAAAGACGAAGGACUCAAUGUAUCAUGUAUAUUGUGCUCGACAGCAUGGCAGCCUCAACUCGAGACUUACUGCUCGCUGAAGGUCUAUGAGCAUCUGUCAAUAGUAAACUGUGAUAUAAUUGUGGCAAAUGAUGUCUGUGAUGAUAUUGUUAGUACUCUUCUUUGGGAUACCAAAAUUCAAACAUUUAUACCAAGUCUGAAAACUAUAAAACAGAUUUGGGACAUUUUCUUCGAUAUUGAUAUGUCUAUUACAUCCCUGAUUUAUCGGAUAUACGCUGUUUUUGAAAACUUUUAUUCAAACUACCAGUUUUCAUUUCUGAAUACUCCAUCUGUAGCAAACAUAGAAGCAGAAGACGAAGAUUACGCUAUAGACUUAUAUUCAAAGUACUCCCUCUUAUGUAUGGGAGCUGGAAUAUCUGAAUCACAUGUUGCAUACUUGGAGCUGAAGAUGGGCCGAGAACUCUCACUCUCUAAAGUGUUAUUGGAUAUGCUACCUUUGAAUUCGGUAGUACUAUAUGAAAGAAGAGUAUCUUUUCAACUUGGAAUUAAACUCUUAUUUUCAUUGCUAAGGUUUCUUCCAGAUUGCCAAACUUCUAGGCUACGGUUAAAAGUCAUUAUGGACACCUUUACAUGCGCUAAUCCUGAGCAAAUGAUAACAAUUUUGAUUAAAAAGGUGUCUAAUAUGAUCACAACCGGAGCAAGCUCUCGCAUUAGCGCUAUAUUGGAUAUAUUUAAAGAAUUCUACGAUACAUUUAAAAGUAUUUAUCCGUCAAUAUUGAACAUUCGAACAUUUCUGAAAAAAGAUUUGCAAGAUGUCACGCUGGAGUAUGACACUCUUCUGUCCUCACAAGGAAACUUACCCAUUUUAACAUCCUCUAGACUAGAUAGUGGGAGUGCAGAUGAUUUAGAUACAUUUGUUCAACAGAUUUCAAAAUUCGUAGGUGUAUUCCUACGCUCAUGUUUUCUCCCAGUUGUAUAUAAACUCGAGUUAGCAAAUGAUUUAAUGGUUCAAAAGGCAUUCUCCAUAAGAAAUGAGCAAGAUGUCUUGAAUAAAUUAAAGGUUGCUGAUAAAAACGGAACCUUGGAUAUGCUAAUGUCUGAUGUGAGUGAAAUAGUAAAAUUAUCACAAGUUCUCCCCGGAAAAUCAAUAGAUAUGUGGAGUUUAUUUUGUUUAUUUUACUCUCAGUACGAGAAAGAAUCGCUUUCUUAUAUAUUUACGAGAUUCACUAUUGCGAUAGAAACCCUGUCCAAUAUUUAUGGGUAUUUUGAAGUCUCUGCACAAAAAACUGGAUGCGAGAUACCAAGUAUCCCUAGAGUUUCAAGGGCUAAGCUUACGCACACUAUAAAGAAUAGGUUACAAAAUAUCAAAAUAAAACGAAUACAUCUCGGGACAGACCAUUAG